AUGAAUAACCGAUUACCGAUCCGAGGGGUACUUGGUACUGCAACCCGUGAACAGGCAAGUGCAUGGGCAACAAGUUUUGCUGGAGCUUUUGCAGACAUACCAAAUCCAACUUUUGCAAACAUGCCAAACCCGUCUAAUCCUCAGGAAAUGGAUGAUGGUGCUAAUGGAUAUCAAGACGAAUGA